AUGAAUUGGCUCAAACCGGGACUCCCAGCGAAAACGCUUCGGGAAAUCCGAGCCACAAACACGAUCUCUGCCCAGCUAAGAGACCAAUUGCACCAAUUAAACGAGGAAACCGCUUUUGUGCUCCAGACAUUGACAGUACCCCAGGAACCUACCGAGAUCCAGAAGGUGUUCCAGGAUUUUUACGUUAUGGUCGGUCAGGGCACACUGACCAAAGGAUUCAAGUUCCCCGAAGUGAAAAUUGAAAAGUUGAGAGCGGUGGCUGAAAUGUUGGAUACUACCAGUGUUGCAAAUGAAUCAGAUAGGGCUUUGGUUCAUCUCGUGGACCGGUACUUGGUUGUGCUUGCAGCACACGAGUUGGCGAGCCUGUUGAUAUUCAAAACGAUUGUGCUUAAACAGCAGAUUAAUUACUGGGGCGACGUCAAGCUGCUGACGUAUGGGAAAGUGUGUUUUGGCAUCCAGACGUUGCCUCAUAGAAUCUACGAUUUUGGUGCUCGUGGGGUCCACAACACGGUUUUUCUGGCCCAAGCGGAAGAAGGAAUUUACGAGCGUCUCAAGAGUGCUUUGGAGGCUCUCUGGAAUGCGGAGAUAAAGGACAAAAUAAGCGCUGUUCAACAUCGCUUGGACACUCACUACGGCCACUUGGGUUUGUUCAUCAACAACUUGCCUGUGGACCUUGUGCUCAUGGCAAAGCUUCUCGGUUGUGAGGCUUCACGGAGUGCAGUGCUUGAAGGCGUGGAAAGAAAGAUCAAGGACGAUUCAGAAUAUAAGGAUACUCGUGCACCAGGCUUGCUUACUCGCUACUGGCCAUUGAUCGCUCUUUUGGUGCAAUUUGGGCCAUCUACUACAAGUUCCAUCUACCAGAACCGCUUUGCCAUUGCCGACUGGAUCAGGCUUAAUCUCGUGGACACGAUGGUUGGGUUUGGAAAAACUGGGUCGUGA